CUCGUUCCAUUUAUCCAGCUCUGUUUUUUCCUCUAAAAAACCAAGACCUUCGUAUCAUCAACUCCAUCUCAAUAAUCUUCCUGUCUAUUCUUUUACAUCGAGAUUUCGGUUUAAGAAACAAGAAAUGGCCCUGCUUCAAGAUCCCCUUUCCGAAUCCAUCUCCAGCCUUUUUAAAACUGUAAUAUAUGUAGCAGAAACCACAGCGGAAUUCAAGCCCCAACUGGAGGAACUCAGAGCCACCUUACAGAGAAUAACACCGAUCAUCGAAGAGACGGUGAAGCUGAAACGGGAACUAGAUCAUUCAGAGCUAGAGUGUAAGAUGUUCAUAGAUGAAGUCCAAAAGGCAGAAGAACUUAUCAUCAGAUGUUCGAAAGUAAAGAGGGAUCCGACCAAGAUGUUCCUUUACUCACGGGAGCUAAAAAAUUUCAAGAUUAAGUUGGUAAACUUCUUUCAAGUUGGAGUUCAAGCAAUUCAGAUUCGGGACAUUAUGCAGACUCUUGCAGUGGUGAACGACAUCAAAUCAAAAGUGGAUCGUAUGUAUGUGGAUUCAAGAGAUUCGAAACAUAGAACAAGAUUGGUUGGUAGUCAUAGUGGAUCUGAAAGUGUAGAACGAAAAAAAUAUGGUUGGCAAGUUCCCGGACUUCAAAGUGGAAUCGUGGCAUUUGACGAGCCACUGGAGAAGCUGAAGGCUGAGGUUGUUUCUGAUAUUGGUAUUGAUGAUCGUUUGGUGCUGGUUGUCGAGGCUCCUGGUGGAUGUGGGAAGACUACUUUGGUGAAAAUGCUAUGCCAUGAUGCUGAAAUUCGAGAAAAAUUUGGGGAGAAUAUCUUCUAUGUGACAGUUUCAGAAACACCCGACUUGAUGGUGAUUGUGAGUGAUCUGUUUAAUCCAAAUCCCUCCACCCCGCGGCUUCAGUUUCAAGGCAAGGAAGACGCAAAGAUCAAGUUGGACAACUUUUUGAAUAAGAAAGCAUCAGAUCCUAUGCUUCUAGUAUUAGAUGAUGUUUGGUCUGCUUCGUUUAUUGAAGAACUCUUUCCAUCCAAGAUCAGAGGACACAAAAUUCUGGUCACAUCUAGGACUGCUUUUCCGACAUACAAGACCUUCAGAUUUGAGCCUUUGAAUGAGGAAGAUGCCAAAACUCUCUUUUGCGAUUCAGCAUUCACUAAAGGAGGGAGUAGACCUAGUCCAACUAUUAGUGAUCAUGUUGUGAAUCAGAUGGUACAUUGGUGUAAGAAACAUCCCUUGACCCUUUUGGUGGUUGGUCGAUCCUUAAAUGGGAAGAAUGAGUUAGCCUGGAAAUCUAUGCUAGGAAAGCUGUCUCAAGGUAGGUUGGUUCUAGAUUUACACAAGGAUGUACUCAUAGGCUUAGAAAGAAGCUUUGAUGCUUUGGAUGAUGAAUUUAAAGAAUGUUUCUUGGAUUUGGGGUUAUUCCCAGAAGAUCAAAGGAUCCCCGUUAGUACCCUCUUGAAUAUGUGGGUGCAUUUGUACAACCAUGAUGAUGAUGGUGUUGAUACCAUGGACACCAUCCUUGAGCUUUCCUAUAGAAAUCUUGUCGAUCUUAUGGCCAAAGGUUUUAGGAAUGAUUCGGGUGCAAGAGUUAACUAUUGUGACCAACAAUUCGUGACACAGCAUGAUUUGCUGAGGGAGCUUGCUAUUUACUUGAAUAACAAACUACCUUUACCACAAAGGAGUAGAUUGUUUAUUGAUGCACCAGGAGAAGACUUGCCUGCAUCAAUUGUAAAAAUCCAAGAAGCUAUGCAAGCCCGCAUAUUGUCCAUUUCCACAGGGGAAUCAUUCUCCUCGCGAUGGUGUGACAUGAAAGUCCCAGACCUCGAAGUUCUGAUCUUAAACUUAAUGUCAAAAACAUACACUUUACCCCAUUUCUUAGCAGCAAAUCCGAAAUUAAAGAUUGUAAACAUCACAAACAAUGGAUUAUACCCUACAGAAUUCAGCAAUUUCGAUUUUCUUGGCGCUUCUUACAAUCUAACAAGGAUCCGACUCGAACGUGUUGACAUAAGUCCAGCCAUUUUAUCACUCAUAAGCCUGCAAAAAGUAUCCUUAAUAAUGUGCAAAAUUGGCAACACUUUCAAGAACCUCAUUACCAAAACCCCAAAUAUCUGGCCACAGUUAGUUGAACUGGAGAUCGAUUACUGCCAAGACUUGGUCAAAUUCCCAGGGACAUUAUGUAACAGUGUCCAUCUCAAGAAGAUUAGCAUCACAAACUGUAAUGAGAUGUGUGGCUUUUCUGAGGAAUUUGGGGAUUUGAUUAAUUUGGAAAUGCUUGGUCUUCGUUCUUGUAUGAAAUUGAAGAAAUUGCCUGAAUCGAUAUGGAGACUUAAAAACUUGAGUGUUUUUGAUAUUUCAGAUUGUUUGAGCUUGAGUGGGUUGCCAGAAAAAAUGGGGAAAUUGGGUUGUUUAAGGAAGAUUUAUAUGAAAGGUUGCAGCGGAGUACAUGAGCUACCAGAAUCUGUGGGGGAGCUGUCUCAUGUACGUGUGGUGUGUAAUGAAGAAGUAGCUUGUAAAUGGCGGGAGUAUAGCAAUGUGGAGAUUGAUUUGGUGGAAGAAGAUCCAUUAGAAACCCUUAAGAGAAUUUUGUCGUUUUGAUGCGGCAUAUAUAUAAAAAUAUAAUCGAUUUUUGUACUUUUGUGACUGAUUCCUGAAUCAAUAAAGAGUCAUAAAUUAUUAUAAAAAUGUGAACACCAAACAGAAAUCAUAUUGACAUUAAGGAAAUAUCAUAUAAAAGAAU